AUGCUCACGCAGCAUGAGGCGGCGGCGCUGCUAACUGUGCUGUCCGCAGAGACCGAGCCUCUCGAGUCAGCAGCUGCUGCAUUCGGCCGCGCCUUUGCGCGCGCCGACUGCUUCCGGGUGGGCGCGGCGCUCUGCAUGCUGCUAGAGGACGGCAUGCUGCCGCCGCGGCAUACAUUGGCUGCGCUGUACAUUCUGCACAGCCUGUAUAAGAGCGAGGCGCCAGGGCGCCACAUUACGAUGGACGCUGUGGCUGAGAGCGCUACGAUGAACUCUAGCGCUGUGGCUGAGAGCGCGAUCGCCAUGGACCAGGUCUUGACGUUUGUAUUUCUCUGCCUCGCCAUGUGCUGGUCGACCGCGUUUGUCAAGCGUUCGUACUCCAGGAAGCAGGCUGCGACGGAGGCUGUGCCUGCGGUGCUCGAGGAAACGCCGACGUCUGAGGCUGCGAUGGCAGCUCCCGAUCCGCCCGAAGAGAUACCGACCAAGCCAGCAGUGCUAGUGACGCCGACGCCGACGCCGCACCCAGUUGACCAGUUCGUAAUGGCGGUCCACAGGAUCCUCGGCUGCGGAGCGUGA